GCAGCUGGAAAUCCACUCUCCAGAUGCAAAGCACACAGUGAUCCUAAGGAGCAAGGACUCAGCCACCGCCCAGGCCUGGUUCAGUGCCAUCCAUUCCAAUGUGAGUGACCUGCUGACCCGAGCGAUUGCCGAGGUCAGGGAGCAGCUGGGGAAAACAGGCAUUGCUGGGAGCCGAGAGAUCAGGCAUCUUGGCUGGCUUGCAGAAAAGGUGCCAGGGGAGAGCGAGAAACAAUGGAAACCAGCCCUGGUUGUACUGACUGAGAAAGACCUUUUAAUCUAUGACAGCAUGCCACGGAGGAAGGAAGCCUGGUUCAGCCCAGUUCACACAUACCCUCUUCUUGCCACCAGGCUGGUCCAUUCAGGUCCAGGGAAGGGAUCACCCCAGGCUGGGGUGGAUCUGUCCUUUGCAACGCGAACUGGUACCAGGCAAGGGAUUGAAACACAUCUCUUCAGGGCAGAGAUCAGCAGGGACCUCUCCCAUUGGACAAGGAGCAUAGUACAGGGUUGCCACAACUCGGCUGAACUCAUUGCCGAAGUCACCACUGCUUGCACCUACAAAAACCAGGAGUGCCGUUUGACCAUACAUUAUGAGAACGGAUUUUCUAUUACCACAGAACCACAGGAGGGUGCCUUUCCCAAGACAAUCAUACAGUCUCCUUAUGAAAAGCUCAAAAUGUCUUCAGAUGAUGGGAUCAGGAUGCUGUAUUUAGAUUUUGGAGGCAAAGAUGGAGAGAUUCAACUGGAUCUUCAUUCCUGCCCCAAGCCAAUUGUUUUCAUCAUUCAUUCCUUCCUGUCAGCUAAGAUUACAAGACUGGGCUUGGUAGCCUGAACAGAGGGGCGACUUGCCUUUGAGAAAUCAGGACUGCUAUGCCACCAGAGAGCGUGACAUCAGACACCAUCUGUAGUGAGCAAGGCACCAGAUAUAGCAUGCCACCAUCAGCUUUAGAUCUCAGGAGUCAUGUGUCACUGUCCCAGACUCCUCUGUCAGUUUCAGCUGCUACAUGGCAUACACUAACGAAAUAUCACAAGGAAUAUCAGAAUAAAACUUUUUAGGACAAUGCAAGGUUAAAGAGGUGAGGGCGGUUGGAAAUACACAGCAUAGCUUUUAAAUACUGACAGCGAAGGACAUGACCAUUAGAACAGCAUGUGCAGAUCUUAAUCACACCAGUUUCUAGGCAACUGGUUCACCCAGGUAAGCAAGGACUGAACAGAUGAGAAAUGGACAUUUUCUCCUGCCCUCCCUGCAUCACCCAUAACAAUGAUCCCUUGUUUUAUUGUGAUUUAUUUCCUAAUUCUAGUUAACGUUCACUGGUAGGGAAAGAAAAAUACUUCACAUGUAAAGCCAUCUUUUAUUUAAGGAUGAAGCAGCUGUUACUUUUUUUUUCACGAAUUAUCUUUCAGUGGUGUAGAAUGAUUCUAAAGUGUUUUCAUUAGCACAUGCUGAGCAUGACUUAAAUAAAGCAUCAGAUACUGAUCUGAGCUGUAAGCUGGUAGAAUCUGAGCCAAAGUAGACUGCUUAAAUUGCAAAGCUUUGCCGAAGAGUUGUGUGCAGAAAAGAUGAUUAAUUCUGGGACUACACUCACACCAGUUUGCUGCCACAUAUCCAAGACUGAUAGCUUUAUUUAUAGAAUGCAAAUUAUGAGUAUUUUUUAAAAAAAGAUUGUCACAUGACUGGGGUUAACUAAUUAUUCCCUUUUCGUGGUUUUCAGUGGAAAUCCUGAGCAAUUUAUUGACCCUUGUUUCUGUUUGUGCUUGUAUGCAUGCAUCUCCAAGCAAGUAACAGAGCAGCCUCAUUUCAUUCUGGACAAUGCUGGUUUUUACAUAUAGACCCAGCACUAUAAUCAAAUCUCGCAUCUGUAGCUCUUUCAGAAUUUCAGGGAAAUAAUAUAAGGACCUGAUAUUUUUCUACAAGAAUAUUUUCAAACAGUAUAUAGCACGUGAAUGAUUUAAUGCGUUUGCUUUUAUCUUUCAAAACUAAUUCACUAAAAAUAACCCCCAUUAUUUGAUUUUGGAGUCACUCUCUUCAAACCUUCAAAAUUAGUUCUAGAAUUUCUGUAAGCAUUUCUGUGUUGUUCCCCUGUAGUUCACAUAUACAAAUGUUCUGUUAGACCUGUGUGUUUUUUAAGAAUCAUAUUUUAGCAAAUGCCUAUGCAAAAAGCUUUAGAAAGUGAAACUGUUUUAAAGGAACGUGAUUUUGCUCACUGAGACAUAUGUGUUUAUUGACUUGAAAAAUUUUAUUUUAAACCAGCGAAAGUUUCCCCAAAGUAUGUAUGCAUCUAACACUAGUUCCAAGGAGGCAUUGAUUGAGCGGUGUUUCGUGGAGUGGGGUAGGGGUUUAGUAAUAAAAAUUUUUGUUAAAUACUGAGUUAAAAAAAUGUUAAACAGAUUUCAUGAUUGCCAAGUUCCUCAAAGACUUUAAUGUUCAUUGUGAUUCUUCAAAGGGGAAAUCUCGUGAGCCAUUCCUCACACUUACCUACAGAACUCUAUUUGAGCUAAUGCUUUUAAAAAAAAUUCCUUUAGAAAACACAGCUUUAGGAUAUCGACUUUUUGUUUUCUGUUUUAAAAUGCUGAAGAGUAAAGUCCCAGCUUGAAUAUUGUAGGAAAGCUUUGAUGCAUUUAUAAAUUAUAUUGCACUCUUUCACUAUAUAUUUUCAAAAUCACUGGAAUGUUGUUAUACAAGAGAAUUGUACAUGUGUAUUGUAAAUAACAUAUUAAAAUACACAUAUUAAUGCCAAUAGUUUAACUCAACAAUAUGUAAUCUACGGUGCUCAGUACUACAUGAAGUAUGAGUUAAUUACUCAUAAUUAAGUUGAAAAGAGCCUAUUAUAUAUUUAUAGAAAAAGUAAUCAUAAUUACAAAUAUUUCUUCAUCACUUAAGUUUUAGACUGAUUAACAUCUGUGUAGGGGGUCAACAGAAACUACAUUCUCUACAUUUAUAAAAAUUUAAUUUAAAUAUUUAUAUUUUAGAAGAAAAUUAUAUUUGAAUAAAAUCAAUGCAUUUUCUGAAGUAAAUUAAAUUGUGUUAUUAGCAAAAAAUAGAAACUUUACUGAGAGAAUUGUGUAUGAGUCAUAUUUUUUCCUCCAAAUUAAAAUAUAUCAUAACACAGUG